AUUCUGGUUACUGGUUAUUUCUCACAACAAAAAGUAAAUUGGUGAUUGUUUGUUUCAUUAGGUGGAAUUAGGAACCUGGAAAAGGCGCCUGUACAAUCCAACUUACUAUGGCACAAAGACACUUUGGUGGGCGGAGGAGACCUCCCCCUCGGAAUUCAAGACCAGCAAGAAAUCCAAACGAUGCAAAUGAAUUGCUGUACACAGGUCAUUGUCGUGGAAGCCAUCAAACUAAGAGGUAUUCACACAACUUUGAUUUUGCCGGUUUCACUCCUCUCAUAAGAAAUGUCUAUUUCAAAUUGACUCAUGAAAAUUAUAAAUUAGAGCGACAAUUGCCUUAUUGCAUUUAUCAGCAUGUUAUGACUGAGUUAUUAAAUGCAUAUCUUCUAUAUCUUGGAAGGUUGUACAGUAAAAGAAUUCGCUCGAAUCCACUCGAUUCGAUUGGUGCGAAUUUAUGUAAUAUCCCUGAACCCAUCUACGAUUAUAUCUGUGGCAUUGGUACAAAUAUUGCAAAAUCAGGCACAGAGGUAGAUUGGAAUCUACCAGAUAUUGCAAUUCCUCAGCCAUCAUUUAAAGGCGAUGAUGAUGAUUCCUCUCGAUUGCCUUGUCGUUCGGGAACAUUUGGCCCAGUUAAUGCAACAAGUCACAAUGUUUAUGAAUGCUACUUUAGCCCUUAUAUUACAUCUGAGUAUGUUAUUAGAUCAGGUUCUCUUGGAGAUGAAUCUACAGAAUACGAAUGGUCCCCUUUUCCGAGCGGCUGGACACCGGAAAAUUGUAUACCAACUGAGAAUCUUUUAGGCUAUAAACCAAUAAGGCCAAUGCAUUUUGAUAGUAUUCAAAAAUGUAAAAACUGUGACUUUGACGAUAGUGACACUAUUCGAGGCCUACUCUGUCACAGUGAUUAUGCAAUGAUGCUUUGUUCAGGAGUACUUGGAAGGAUGACAAGCAUAAAAAUCGUUAAAGCACAAUUUAAACAUCGUCCAAAUAGUGCUGCUUUUAUUUUUAAAGAAACUUGUGAAAACGAAGGAACUGAACUUGUUUUGUGGAAUCAGCCAGCACGUUUAUGCUCUCCAUUUGCUUUUGAUAAAUUUGCAUCCAAUCAGGCUAUUUAUUAUGCAUUCAAGCGAAAAAGAACCGAAGACGCUCCUGGCACCUGCUUUGUGUGCCAAGAAGAUGGUAGUGCACCAAUUGGUUGGUUAGAAACAAGAAAUGAUAAUUUCCUCUGUACUGGUGAAUUUGGUAUACAAAAUAGCAUGGGAACCACAAACAAAGAAAGCUUACAGGAAUGUGAUCAUGAUGAUUGGGGUACUUGUGGAAGCCAGAUCAUCUUUUGGUUAGACAAACUAUAUGGUAUCUACAGAAUGCCUCCUCAUUUAAUAGAUUUAAUAGAUUCAGAUUAAUUAAUUUGAUUGAAUUUAUAAAGUUAUCAGAAAAAUAUGUAAUAAAUUAUGUUUAUUCACUUUUCUUGACCAAAAGUUAAUAAAAAUGAUUUAAAACUUUCA